CGGUGCUGAGCUGAGGUUAGCAGCGGCGCUACUACGGGACUGACACCGAUAGCCUUGGCUUUGGUUAGCUUCCCGUGUUACCUGCUGCUUAUUCGCAGGGCACAGGCCGAAGAUGACGGCCUGAGAGAGUAGCGGGAACCAAAACCGAGAGAUGCAGCAGCAGCGGCAGCCGCAGCAACACGGGCCUCAACAGCAGCACCAGCAGCAGCAGCAUCAGCAGAGGGUAGAAAACAGUAAAACUAAGAGCAUGUUUCUGUCUCGGGCGCUGGAGAAAAUCCUCUCGGAUAAGGAGGUAAAGAGGAGCCAGCACAGCCAGCUGCGUAAAGCCUGUCAGGUGGCUCUUGAUGAAAUCAAGGCAGAGCUUGAGAAACAAAAGGAUGGCACAGUGGUCCCACCCAGAGCCAACUACAUCGAGGCUGACAAAUACGUGCUUCCCUUCGAGUUGGCCUGUCAGUCAAAGUCCCCCCGGAUAGUUAGCACCUCUCUGGACUGUCUGCAGAAGCUGAUAGCGUACGGCCACAUCACAGGCAACGCCCCGGACAGCAGAACCCCGGGCAAGAGGCUGAUCGACCGGCUGGUGGAGACCAUCUGCAACUGCUUCCAGGGCCCGCAGACCGACGAGGGAGUCCAGCUCCAGAUCAUCAAGGCGCUGCUGACGGCGGUGACCUCCCCGCACAUAGAGAUUCACGAGGGCACCAUCCUCCUCACCGUCAGGACCUGCUACAACAUCUACCUGGCCAGCCGCAACCUCAUCAACCAGACCACCGCUAAAGCCACGCUCACCCAGAUGCUCAAUGUUAUCUUCACACGCAUGGAGAACCAGGCCGCUCUGGAGGCCCAGGAGCUGGAGAAGGACAGGCUGCGUCUCCCCCAGCAGAACCCGUCGCCGGUCCCAGGCGGCAGGCGAUCCGGCUCCCCACGGUCUGACCGCACGCCCACUCCCGAACCCCAGGGUUCCCCGUCCCCAGCAGCUAGUACUCCAGACCUCACUACUACUACUACUACUACUACUACCACCACCAGCUCAACGCCCCCACCCCCACCUCCGGACCUGGACCAGGACCAAGCUCCGGACACACCAUCAGUUAACGGGGAGCCUGAGGGGGACAACGCUCAGAUGAACGGAGGAGCGGAACCGGUCACACCAACAAGAGAUUCCGUUUUUGAAGAUGAAGGGGCGGAGACGCCUCCUGUAUCCACUCAGCCAGCGGAGGAAGUGGAAGCGGAAGUGGAAGUGGAAGAGGAAGCGGCGCCCGAAAUAGAGGAAGGAGAGCCACCGCCAACACAGACUCACACUGGAACAGGAGGCGAGUACCCAGAGCACCCAGAGCACCCAGAGCACCCAGAGCACCCAGCCCACCCCGUCACCGAGAUGACAGAAGCGGCCCCUUCCAGAUUCAGAGCGGAGGGUCAGCAGAUGAACGGCAUCAUCGAGGACCGCUCCUCUGUUUCAUCAGCAGAUGUGCUGGAUGCAGAGGCGCUGCAGGGACCCCACAGCGCAGCCCGGUUCUCUCACAUCCUGCAGAAGGACGCCUUCCUGGUGUUUCGUUCACUGUGCAAACUCUCCAUGAAGCCCCUCGCUGACGGACCUCCAGAUCCAAAGUCCCACGAGUUGAGGUCCAAGAUAGUCUCCCUCCAGCUGCUGCUCUCCGUGCUGCAGGGAGCCGGGCCCGUGUUCCGCACUCACGAGAUGUUCGUCAACGCCAUCAAACAGUACCUGUGCGUGGCGCUGUCGAAAAACGGCGUCUCCUCCGUGCCCGAGGUCUUCGAACUCUCGCUCGCCAUCUUCCUCACCUUGCUGUCCCACUUCAAGGUCCACCUGAAGAUGCAGAUCGAGGUGUUUUUUCGGGAGAUCUUUCUGACCAUCUUGGAGACGUCGACCAGCUCCUUUGAACACAAGUGGAUGGUUAUCCAAACACUAACACGCAUCUGUGCAGAUGCCCAGUGCGUCGUCGACAUCUACGUCAACUACGACUGCGACUUAAACGCCGCCAACAUCUUCGAGCGCCUCGUCAACGACCUGUCUAAAAUCGCUAUGGGCAGGAGUGGUCAGGAGCUCGGGAUGACCCCCCUGCAGGAGCUGAGCCUACGUAAGAAGGGUUUGGAAUGUCUGGUGUCCAUCCUCAAAUGUAUGGUGGAGUGGAGCAAAGACAUGUAUGUGAAUCCAAACCUUCAAGCCAACCUGGGCCAGGAGCAUCCGUCCGAUAACGAGGGCGGAGAGCUGAAGCUCCCGGAGCAGCUGGCGGGACGUCGAGACAGCAUCAGCUCGCUGGACUCCACCGUCUCCUCCAGCGUCGCCACCUCCCAGGCCGACCACCCGGAGCAGUACGAGGUCAUCAAGCAGCAGAAAGACAUCAUCGAGCACAGCAUCGAACUCUUCAACAAGAAGCCGAAGCGAGGUAUCCAGUACCUGCAGGACCAGGGCAUGCUGGGCUCCACAGCCGAGGACAUCGCCCAGUUCCUGCACCAGGAGGAAAGGCUGGAUACGACCCAAGUGGGCGAGUACCUUGGCGAGAACAUCAAGUUCAACAAAGAGGUGAUGUACUGCUACGUGGACCAGCUGGACUUCUGCGGGCGGGACUUUGUCUCGGCACUCCGAGCGUUUCUGGAAGGCUUCAGGCUGCCGGGGGAGGCGCAGAAGAUCGACAGGCUGAUGGAGAAGUUCGCUGCUCGAUACCUGGAGUGCAACCAGGGACAGACUCUGUUCGCCAGCGCAGACACUGCAUACGUGCUGGCAUACUCCAUCAUUAUGCUCACCACAGACCUGCACAGUCCACAGGUGAAGAACAAGAUGACAAAGGAGCAGUACAUCAAGAUGAACCGCGGUAUUAACGACAGCAAGGACCUGCCAGAAGAGUAUCUGUCCUCCAUAUACGACGAGAUCGCGGGCAAGAAGAUCGCCAUGAAGGAGAGCAAAGAGUUUUCAAUCACCCCCAAAUCCACCAAGCAGAGCGUGGCCAGUGAGAAGCAGCGCCGCCUGCUGUACAACGUGGAGAUGGAGCAGAUGGCGAAGACGGCCAAAGCUCUGAUGGAGGCCGUCAGCCACGCUCAGGCCCCGUUCUUCAGCGCUACACACCUAGAGCACGUCAGACCCAUGUUCAAGCUGGCGUGGACCCCUCUGCUGGCAGCGUUCAGCGUGGGACUGCAGGACUGUGACGACCCAGAAGUGGCCUCGCUGUGUCUGGAAGGCAUCCGAUGCGCCAUCAGGAUCGCCUGCAUCUUCAACAUGCAGUUGGAACGAGACGCAUACGUGCAGGCGUUGGCCAGGUUCACCCUGCUGACAGCCAGCUCCAGCAUCACGGAGAUGAAGCAGAAGAACAUCGACACCAUCAAGACCCUGAUCACUGUGGCCCACACUGACGGAAACUACCUGGGAAACUCCUGGCAUGAGAUCCUGAGGUGCAUCAGUCAGCUGGAGCUCGCCCAGCUGAUCGGCACCGGGGUGAAGACGCGCUACAUCUCGGGGGUGGUCCGGGACAAAGAGGGCGGCCUCAAGGGCUUACCCACCGGCACAGAAGAGUUCAUGCCCCUGGGACUAGGUAACCUGGUGGGAAGUCAGGACAAGAGACAGAUGGCUCACAUCCAGGAGUCAGUAGGAGAGACCAGUUCUCAGAGUGUAGUGGUAGCUGUGGACAGGAUCUUUACUGGCUCCACCAGAUUAGAUGGAAAUGCUAUAGUGGACUUUGUGCGGUGGCUGUGCGCCGUGUCCAUGGACGAGCUGGCCUCAACGCACCAGCCGAGGAUGUUCAGCCUGCAGAAGAUCGUGGAAAUCUCCUACUACAACAUGAACCGCAUCAGGCUGCAGUGGUCUCGAAUCUGGCAGGUCAUAGGAGACCACUUUAACAAGGUGGGUUGUAACCCCAACGAGGAUGUAGCCAUCUUUGCUGUGGACUCUCUGAGGCAGCUCUCCAUGAAGUUCUUGGAGAAAGGAGAGUUGGCCAACUUCCGCUUCCAGAAAGACUUCCUCAGGCCUUUUGAGCACAUCAUGAAGAAGAACAGGUCACCCACUAUCAGAGACAUGGUGAUCAGGUGCGUGGCUCAGAUGGUGAACUCCCAGGCGGCCAACAUCCGUUCAGGCUGGAAGAACAUCUUCUCAGUGUUUCACCAGGCGGCCUCCGACCACGACGAGACCAUCGUGGAGCUGGCCUUCCAGACCACCGGCCACAUCGUCAUGAACACCUUCCAGAAUUACUUCGCAGCCGCCAUCGAUUCAUUCCAGGAUGCGGUAAAGUGUCUGUCGGAGUUUGUGUGCAACGCAGCUUUUCCCGACACCAGCAUGGAGGCCAUCAGACUCAUACGACACUGCGCUAAAUACGUCUCGGAAAGGCCGCAGUCGCUGAGAGAAUACACCAGCGAUGACAUGAACGUUGCCCCCGGCGACCGGGUGUGGGUCCGCGGCUGGUUCCCCAUCCUGUUUGAGCUCUCUUGCAUCAUCAAUCGCUGCAAGCUGGACGUCCGAACCAGGGGGCUCACAGUCAUGUUUGAGAUCAUGAAGAGUUACGGCCACACCUUUGAGAAGCACUGGUGGCACGACCUCUUCAGAAUCGUCUUCCGCAUCUUUGACAACAUGAAGCUCCCCGAGCAGCAGACAGAGAAAACUGAGUGGAUGACGACAACAUGCAACCACGCGCUAUACGCCAUCUGCGACGUCUUCACCCAGUUUUACGAGCCUCUCAGUGAAAUUCUGCUGGCUGACAUUUUCACACAGUUACAGUGGUGUGUGAGGCAAGACAACGAGCAGCUGGCUCGGUCAGGGACCAACUGUCUGGAGAACCUGGUGAUUCUGAACGGGGAGAAGUUCAGCCCCACAGUCUGGAACAUCACCUGCUCCUGCAUGCUGGAGAUCUUCCAAAACACCAGCCCUCACGUUUUGUUGACUUGGCGACCGGCCGGACAGGACGAGGAAGCUGCCGACGGCAAACAUUUUGACGCUGAUUUCGACACCCAGUCCCAAAGCAGCUACGACAGAGCUCUGUCUGAGAGGGGACACAGCCAGAUGUCUAGUGACGACACCUGGAAGGGGAAAUCUAACGCUAGAGUUUCAGACCAGAAGCUGUUUGCAGGCCUGCUGAUUAAAUGUGUGGUGCAGCUGGAACUGAUCCAGACCAUAGACAACAUCGUCUUCUUCCCGGCAACCAGCAAGAAGGAGGAUGCUGAGAACAUGGCUGCUGCACAGCGAGACGCUUUGGAAGAGUCGGAGGCCGAGGGAGGCGAGUCGGGCCUGGAUCAGGGCAUGUACAGACACAUGACCUCCGCGCACCUCUUCAAGCUGCUUGACUGUCUGCUGGAGUCGCACACCUUCGCCAAGGACUUCAACUCCAACAACGAACAAAGGACGGCACUCUGGAGGGCAGGUUUUAAAGGGAAAUCCAAACCCAACCUGUUGAAGCAGGAGACUAGCAGUCUGGCCUGCAGCCUGAGGAUCUUGUUCAGGAUGUACUCUGAUCCUCAGCUGCAGGUCUCGUGGCCUGACAUCCAGACCCGCCUGCUGCUGGUGUGCAGCGAAGCUCUGGCCUACUUCAUCAGUCUGACCUCGGAGAGCCACAGAGAGGCGUGGAACAGCCUGCUUAUGCUGCUGCUUACCAGGACGCUACGGCUGCCCGACAACAAGUUCAAGCCCCACGCUUCCUGCUACUACCCUCACCUGUGUGAAAUGAUGCAGUUUGACCUGAUCCCCGAGCUGCGGGCCGUCCUCAGGCGCUUCUUCCUGCGGAUCGGCUCCGUCUUCCACAUCGCCGCUCACGACGGGGCGUCCGCCUGGAGCUCCGCGUCUUAGAACGGGGUCGUGGGGAGGGUUUGUGGGAACGGGAGGAGGGAAGGACAGGGGAAAACUUGGGUGCGGGGGAUGAGAGACUUUUCCUCCCUCUUUUCGGACUGAAGCAAACGACGACGAUGAAGAAGACUGUAGCCUUUCUGUGUCGGUUCAGGACUUCAGCGUUUAAAGUGUUGAGCUUUUUCUACUCGUAGAAAAAGCUUCCUGUCCUUUCUUCCUGAUGAACAGCACUGUGACCAGCACUCUCUCUCUGCUGACUGUUGUCAUUCAUCAUCCCCCUGACUCUCACCGCAAAAACCUGUAAUAACUAGAAAAAGAACUGUAAACAAAUAAUUUAUUGAUAUUGUCGCAAAACCCUGUAUCUGAUUUUUGAUGGUUUGGUUUUUUUUUGUUUGUUUUUGUUGUUUUUCUUUCUUUUAAAAAAAAAAAAAACUUAAUCAAA